AUGAAUUUUAUUCGAUUUUUUAUAGUUGUUUUUUAUCUUUUUAUUUCGUAUGCACAUUGUGAAGAAUGUGGAUGUAAUAAAAUACCAUCGAUAGAUGUGAUUAAUGAUGAAGGAUUAGCUAAUGGAAUUAAAGAAGUUCGUGAUGACUUUCUUGCAAGACAACCAUCAAGUAACUUUAAUCGGUUAUCUGCAACAAUACUUAUCAGAGAGAAAGAUACACAAACAUGGAAAAGAGGUAGUGUAGACGGUACUUUAGUAGCAUAUCCAGCAUCAACAGUAAAAUUAAUGUAUAUGUAUUCAGCUAUGGAAUGGUGUAAAAAGCAAGGUCAUUCAGUUGAUUGUUUAGAUAGAUAUGUUCGACCAAUGAUUGUAGUUUCAUCAAAUUUAGAUACAGGUUAUGUUGUUGAUGCCAUAACGAAUACAACAAAUAUUGAUAAUUUAACUUCAGUUAAUGAUACUCGUUGGUCAAAUUGGUUUUAUCAACGUUUAUCAACUGAACGUUUAUUACAAGAACUUAAUUUAUAUGAAAAUCAAAUAAUCCGAAGUAAAACAUAUCCAACAAAUUCAGGUCAAUCACCAAUUGGUAGUGAAUCAGUUUUACGUCGAUCUCCUUAUCAAAGUAAUGUUUUACAAUCAUGUUGUACAGCAUCAUUUAUGCUUUAUUUAAUGAAAACACGUUCAAAUAAUGAAUUGCAAUAUAUGAAACCUAUGCUUCAUCGUACACUCGAAAGUGAUCACACAACAUUUGGUAAUGGUUUGCCGGCUGGUACUAUACUUUAUUCAAAAACUGGGAAUGCUUAUGAUACAGUUGAAGAAAUAGCUUAUAUUAUAUUGCCUAAUGGUAAAGAAAUAAUUCUUUCAAUAUUCAGUAAUGGUUAUCAAAGACCUGCAACUGAUUAUUACAUUCUUGGUCGUUUUGUUGAAAUGAUUCUUAAUAAAUUUUCACUUGUUUCUCCAUCAACGAUAAUAUUUACUACAGAUAUUCAAGAUAUUUAUACUUGUACAAAUGAUUCAAUGAAAUAUAUAUCAUCACUUCCAAAAGAUAAUAUUGGACAAUCAUUAAUUACUUUUAAUAAUUCAUGUAUUAUUCAUCCAAUUUUAUCUACACGUGGUAUUUAUACUGUAUCAAUUUGGAAUCCAUCUUUUUUUGAUUCAUCAACAAAUAUAAAUUCUCGAUUAAAUGUCGCUGUAACAGAUGCAUAUAAUGUUACAGAUGGAGAUGAUGGAUAUGUCUAUAACCAACAAGGUAGUCUUUCACGUUGGAUAUCCGUUGGAGAUUUUGUACUUGAUGCUGGACGCCAAAAUGUUUAUUUGAAAGCAUUAGAUCAAAAAGCAGUUUUUAAUGCUAUUCGAUUUUCAAUGCAUCCACCAUUAACAAUUGAUUCAGAUAGUAAUUCGAAAUCGUCCAUAUUUUUUCCAUCGCAUACAUUUAUUUACUUCAUCUUUUUAUUUUUUCAAAUUCGAUUGAUUUUCUAUUAA